UCAAAGAAAAGGAUAUUGAAGAGCUUUUUUGAAAAACUAAAACUCAUCAAUGUCUCUUCCCUACAAAGCUCCAAGUUAUUUAAAAAAACAAAACCCAAACCCACAUCUUCGCAUGCUUGUGGAAAGAGCAUUGAGUUUUUCAGAUGGGAAGUGCUAGAGAGGCUAAAUGAUUUUUUUUCUUGUGUUUUAUUUUCAGACAACGGGGCAUGCGGACAAUUGGCUUCUGUAGUUAUUCCAGCCUCUCCUUUCAUGCAGAAGCUUGGUUAUGGCACUGGGGUAAAUGUUUACCUUAUGAAAAGAUCUCCUAAAGGCUUGUCUCGUUCCCCAUGGGCUGUGAAGAAAAUUAAUCUCAAAUGUGACAAUAAGCAGCAGAACCUCUAUCAACAGAGACUGACUGAAGAAGCCAAGAUUCUGAAAGAUCUUCAGCACCCAAACAUUAUAGGAUACCGUGCAUUUACUCAAGCCAACGAUGGGAGCAUGUGCCUUGCUAUGGAAUACGGGGGAGAAAAAUCUCUCAAUGACUUGAUUGAAGAGAGAAAUAAAAACCACCAGGGCCCUUUUCCAGCGGAUACAAUUCUCAAGGUUGCCUUGAGCAUGGCAAGGGGGUUGAAGUAUCUGCACAAUGACAAGAAACUGCUUCACGGAGACAUCAAGUCUUCUAACGUUGUCAUUAAAGGUGACUUUGAGUCGAUAAAAAUCUGUGAUGUGGGAGUGUCCCUGCUGCUGGAUGAGAACAUGACUGUGAGCGACCCAGAGGCACUCUACAUCGGCACAGAGCCGUGGUCGCCCAAGGAAGCUCUGGAGGAUGGCGGCGUUAUCACCGACAAGGCGGAUAUCUUUGCCUUUGGACUGACUCUGUGGGAGAUGAUGACGCUUUCCAUCCCUCAUCUGAACCUGCUUGGGAACGAUGAGGACGAUGAAGAUACUACUUUUGAUGAAGACGACUUUGAGGAGGAGGCAUAUUAUGAGGCUCUGGGCACCAGGCCACCACUGAAUAUGGAGGAGCUGGACCAGUCAUAUCAGAAAGUGAUUGAAAUGUUUUCUGUCUGCACUUGUGAGGAGCCGAAGCAACGUCCCUCUGCCGCACACAUAGUUGGAGUCUUGGAGGCAGACCUGCCUUGUCUGUAAUUGACCACUGUUCAUCUCUGCAUGUCAUUCCGGUAUUUCUCUUCAUACUCUAUUUAUCCAAGAAUUUGGUGUAUCUAAGUUCUUGGUAUCUGGCUUCUUGAGACGAUGCUAACCACAGGGUUAUUUAGAUGUACGGUGCGGACACUUGGUUUUUUUUUAUAAGUACCAUAGAAACCCUUUAAGAGUAUAUAAAUUUACUCUACCUGUCUUCUGGUAUUUUUUCAUAAUAUAUAGGGACUUCUUAAAGAAAACUGUUGCACUGGAUAAUUGUAUAGCAUUCUGUAGCUUUUAAACAAGUAUUAAACAUUUAAGAAAACCUAGCAAUUCCUUAACUCAGUGAAUUUAGGUUGAUUAAAAUAUUGGCCUGUAAUAAAACAGCUGUUUAACCCACACU